UCUGAUCCCCACAUUUCUGGCUGUAUUUGAGCUAUGAAAAAGUAAUUUGAAAGUAACUGUGGGGAGCAGGCAGUUGUCUUAGACUGGCAUUUUCAGGCUGUCCUCUGGCAUUAGGUACCUUGUCUCAGUGAACUUUAAGUAACUUGCAUUUGGUUUUGGAGAUGCCAACAUUUGUAGAUCUCUCUCCUAAGCAACAGCAAAGUACCACUUUGUAAAAACAUUUAUCGACUCAGAAGCCAGCUUUUACAAUGGAAUUAUUUGCAUGUCCUCAGCUGGAGUAGUUUUACAACUAUGAAGAACAGUCCUCUGAGAGGAAAUCUAAGGGGUUUUGUCCCAUGCUCUUACUGAUUCCUUUCCCUUUUUCACCUCAGAAAUCGUGAAAUUUAUUCCCUGUUAUAAAUUUGCUGUUUGUAGAUAUCUAAAUCAGUGAAUCAUCUGUCUUCCUUCACAGAUGCCCUCAUAACAUGUCUAAUUGGAUCAGUCUGUGGUACAUCUGGUUAAUCUUGCUGACUCUGUUCCUGCUUCUGCUCUGUGGGAUCACAGCGAGCUGCAUCAAAUUCUGCUGCCAAAAGAAGAGGCUUCCAGUGGAAACCUUCUCUAGGCACCCUUAUGAUUUAACAGUUAUUGCUAUUGACAGUGACAGCACUGCCCAUAGCACAGUGACCUCAUACAGCUCAUGGCAGUAUCCUUUAAGUGCCCCUAUUGCUUCGGUAUUUGUGGAUAUGGAUAAGAACACUGUAUCACUUCCAGCUUACAGUCUCUAUGCAAUGGAGUUGCCACCUUCUUACGAUGAAGCUGUCCAAAUGAGUAAACAACAAGUACCACAGAUAAGCCAGAAAUGCAAUGACAUCCCUGGACAGGUGACAUCUGGUGGGAUGAAUCCUGUCCAGUAUUCACCUGAUACAAGCAACAUAUAUCCAGCAACACAGGCAAAUUCAGGAAAUUCGGAAGAUGCAACACAAGAACAGCUGCAGCUCUGUGACUUGUUUCAGAUAGGGAGUAAAGGAAGGGAAGGAGAGUAAAAGUUAAAGAAGACAUGAAGAGUUUGGUUUUCCAAGUAGGUUAUGAUGGAAAGAUGUUUCCUUUCAUACCCUUGUAAUGAUCUGUCAGAUAGAAGAAAUGUUUUUGUGACUGCUAUUAUCUCCUGGUACAGCUUCUUCAAGGAUACAAAAUGAAGUAAAAGGGCAACAGUUUAAAAAUGCCUAUAAAAGUGGGACAAAGUAAAAGGGCAGCAGUUUAAAAAUGCCUGUAAAAGUGGGACAUGAAUUGCUUGUUCACAUUCUGAUAAAAAUAAUAAAAAUAUUCCUUGUGUCCAGCAUAUGGCAAUAAAAAAAGGCAGGGGAAUUUUGCCACCUCGGGAACACACACGAAGAGUCAGAACAGUACAAACAGCAAGCUGUUGUUCCAGAACAGAAGCUUCCCAGACUGGAGUGGAAAGGGGAAUCCUAGCAAGUCACACUGAAUAGCCUCUGUAGUUUCUCUUCUUUUGAGAACAUUAACUGCCCAGAAAAUGGCUGGAGUGCAAAUUGCUGCAUAAUGGCCCAUGCUCCUUAAACUGCAGGACAAACAAGGACAGGAAAGCCUGUAGAGGGAAAUGUAUUGUGCUGUGUUUCACAGCUAGACACAAAGAAUGAGGCAGAUGAGAAAAGAUACUUUCUUUGUCAGUCACGAAACCCAAAGGGAUUGUUUUCGAGGUUUUUUAAAUCUUCAAACUUGCAUUUUCAAGGCCAGCUGGCUUGUGGGCUGAACCCUUUUGCUACUUAGUUUUGCCAGUUAAAGUACAAAUUAAUCUCAAAGAAACACUUUUGCACAUGGUUAAGCAUUACUAAUGUGUAUCAAAUUUUCAUCAAAUAUUUCAAAGAUGGCUUUAUACCUGAUUAUCUGCUCAGGUGUCAGGAUCACAGUCAGUACAGAAAGAAAUCAAAGAUUCCUGACAGCUGUGCCAUCUAGCAUAAGUUGUAACUACAAAAUACCAUAGUACAGUCUGGGCAAUAGUCCAGAGAAAUUACUCUUUAGAGAUGAUUCUUUGUGAGGUACUGAUGGCAAGGAUAACUGCUAUGCAUCAUGUUAAAACUGGGAGCUUGGAGUUGAUUACAGUGAUAGCCCAAGCAAAAAUAUGGGCUAUGAGAGGCCUUGUUUAAAAUGACAGCUUUUUUCCUUUUCUUGCCCCUCCACUAUUCCAAACAGUAUGAAUUUUGUCCACUCCUGAGUAGUGGUUUUCUUUGAAUCCACUUUAGCAAGGUGCUAAUUUGUCUACCUUUAAAAACACGUGUAAUCUGCAGGAUGGUUCAUUGCUGUGGGGUUAUCUAUGGGAUAUGAUCAGGAAAGAAAGUGUUAGAUCAGAGUUAAUGUUGACUGAUGUUCAACUAACAAGAAUAUGACUGAUAGUCUUAAUUUUUGCUGAAGUUGCUUUGGUAGCUGUGAAAAGGGUCUGCCUCCUGCAAAUAUUUAGGUGACUGCCAUUAAUAAGUAGUAGAAGUGGUGGGUACAAAGUCUUGCACAGCUUUUAGAAGACUAUUCUGUGUCAAGCAUUACUGCAAGAACUACCCUGGAAAUGAGCACUAAUGAUUUAAAAAUUAAGAUCUCUGCCAGCCAACAGGACUGAGACUAGAAUCUGCUACACAUUUAUGGUAUAUGAGCUGCUCAUGAGUCCAUCUCUCAACACAAAGAAGUGUUGGUUCUGUGUUUAACUUGCAUAUAGCUUACUGUAAGGGUUGCAGGGAGAGACUGGUUUAACAGAUCUGCUUCUCUUCUGUCUUGUCUGUCUUUCUUAAUUGUACUUCUCCUGUUCUGUCCUUUGCCUGCCUUUUCUGUGUCAAGAUGGAGACUAGGCAUAACCCAGUGUAACUACUUGGAUGUUUCUAACUGGAAAAGCAAUAUAUGCCCAGUCCUGGGUGUCUCUGAGUCACAAAUAUAGCAGAUGUGUUUUUAUUUAUAGAACUUUUCCAUCAGGGUAGCACUCAGAAACAAAUCCUAUGCCUUUUGAAGAAGCAAUAUCUGUUGGAGGGGAAUGGCUGAGUGCUCACUCGCUAAUACAAACAGGAAUAUAAACCCAGGCAAAUGAAAAAACAGUGACUGUCACAGGAGGGCAGGCCUUCACUUUCCUGUGUAUUACGCUUAUAUUACCACUGGGAACAGCUUUGUAACCAACUAGCUGUCGGUGCUGCAAAGCUGUGAGGGUGCUUCUAAGGCUCGGGUUUGCUCGGUUCUCCAGCGAUCACUCAAAGAUUGAGCUUGCUUGAGGAGGAUGGGAGAAUAAUCACUGUUUGACUUCUCUUUCCUUCAUGCUUUUGCUUACACAGUAACACUGAAGGAAGUGAGUUUGUGUGUGUGUAUGUAAGAAGCAAGUGUCAUUUGACAUGGCAUAGUGAAUGAAGAACUUGUUUUUUUCCCUGGCUUCCUAGGAAGAAGGGCUUAAUCUGGUGGGGUUUUUCUAACACCUAAGAAAAAGCCUUUUGUCUUGCCCAGGCUCCUGCCUUGUAACAUGGGUCAUUAAUUUAAACACAAAAUACAUGUUAACAUAAACUCCUGACCUAAUCAACCUGCAGGAACACAGGAAUUUCUUUGCAUGCCAAAAGUGGUUCAGUUGGCUCCUCAGUAGUGAUGUGUCAGCCCUUUAUCACAAUCGACUGGCUCGUCACAGACAGUUGGUAAACAAAGUUGUCCCCAGUCCUUUGUCUUUGAGAAAGCAGGUUCCACGCACAACUGUUCAUUAGUUACAUCUCCACUUCACAGGUUACUUCAGAUCAACAGCAUUGCAGAAGUUAUCCUGACUAGGGGAUUUACAGAUUCCAUUUAAACUCCUACAGCAAAGAAAGAGCUCUCUUCCCAUCUUGAGAACAGUUUCUAUUUGUGUAGUAAAUCCCGUAAAUCCAUCAAUUAGAAUCAUUAGUUGCAUGUGGGAACACAGUGAGAGAAAAUGACCCUUUACUGAACUAAUGUCAGAUAAAAGAAUUAAAAGGGCCAUCUCCUGAAUCCUGGUCCAGACAAGCAACACCUUGAAAGUGUUGCUCUCAUAUGCCUUUCAUAGCACUAAAUAGGAGGCAGUAGAAUGUAAAAGAGCAUCUGUUGAUCACCUGGGUCAUUUCUGUUUGAUAGGAUAAGUUGGAGAAAGACAGACUUUCUUGUUAUUAUCUAUAAAAAUAAGCUUAGUGGCCAGCUUUCACUCAAUAUGUGUUUUUGCAAUACUAUGGAAAGGGACACUAUGAGCUCCUAACCCUACUGUAUGGUUAGAAUAAACUUGUUUGCUUUACCUGAUAUUUUAAAGGUCAGUAAGCAAAUCCAAAAAUGUGGCAUGGAGAUUGAUGCUCUGUCUUCAUUCUUACUGCUGUUUUGCAUUAAAGUUUCUCUCUUGA